GCGAACGAGGUAGUCGCGAUUUCCUCCCCUUUCUUUCUUUCUUUCUUCCCCCCGUUUUUUCUUGCACCCAUCAUUCUCUGCGUCGGUGUGCAGCAGCGGAGAAGAUUCAGCGCACAUUGCUACAGUAGGUAUCAUCAUUUUUUCGGGAUCAAGACGAUGGAUGCGGGCUCCCCCGGAUCUAUUGCUGCAAACACAGCGUGCGGGCUCGAUUUUUUAUUCCAAACGCAUCCACAUCUUCCGUAUGUUCCUAUGUGUCUUUGAAAGGGAGGAGGGGGGAAAUGAGAAGAAAGCUUUAUUUUGACUCACGCCUGUCGCGAUGGAGGCAUCAUUAAGAAGACCUGUAAAUUCAAGAUCAAACACACUUCAUUCAGUCAUUAAGGAUCGUUAUUAUUCAGCCUAAGAGCAAAGAAGCAUCUUCUAGCUCCAACCUGCAAUUUGUUUUCCUAUGAGCACCGAAUCACAGAGGAGGUUAAUCCAAGCUUCGAUCCGAUGUAGGAGCUGUUCCCUCAAAUUCCCACAACCUCUACUCUUGCUUGGAUUUCAGCAUUCAGUAAAAUCCGCCAGGACAGAGUAUGCCAUCUGCACCUUUUCACAGAAUUCUGCGACCCCUUCUGCUUGGUACUUUUAUAUUGGGAUGCUUUGUGACUCUGUUUUUGAUGUAUUUUAAACCAUCUACAAGCUGGCUAUCAGGUCCUGUAGAGUCAACAGUAUCCACAGACCGGGUCAAGAACCUCUUCUCCACCAAGAGCGAUAAAAACGUGACCACUGUGCUGAUCUGGCUCUGGCCCUUCGGACAAACGUACGACCUGAGCGUCUGCAGCUCUCUCUUUAACAUUGAUGGCUGCUUCAUCACAGCAGACAGGAACUUCUACAAUAAGUCUGAUGGGGUCGUCAUCCAUCACCGGGACAUCAGCACUGACCUGUCCAAUCUGCCGCCGCUGCAGCGACCGUCGUUCCAGAAGUGGAUAUGGAUGAACUUUGAGUCGCCGUCACAUUCGUCCCAGCUGCCUGGGAUAGAGAACCUGUUCAAUCUGACUCUCAAUUACCGUCAGGAUGCUGACAUUGAAGUGCCUUAUGGGUCCAUCGUAGCAGCAGAAGGGGAAGAGGAUUUUGUACCACCCAGCAAAAACAAGCUGAUCUGCUGGAUUGUAAGCAACUGGAACCAGGAUCACGUGCGGGUGAAAUAUUACAAUGAACUCUACAAACACAUUGAGGUUCAUGCAUAUGGACAGGCCUUUGGGGAGUACAUCUCUGACCAAGACUACUUCCCCACCAUCGCCAGCUGCAAGUUCUAUCUGGCGUUUGAGAACUCCAUCCACAAAGAUUACAUUACUGAGAAACUGUACAACCCACUCUCAGUGGGGACAGUGCCAGUGGUUCUCGGCCCACCCAGGCAGAAUUACGAGAACUUUAUCCAGGGAGACGCCUUCAUUCAUGUUGACGACUUCAGCUCGCCCAAGGAAUUGGCUGAUUACCUGCUGCUCCUGGACAAAAAUGAGGAAAUGUACCUCAGGUACUUUGAGUGGCGGCGACACUUUAAAGUAAAGAAGGCUUAUUUUUGGGCAGAGCACACAUGCCUGGCUUGUGAUUACUUGCGAAGGCACAAGGAAUACAAGGCAUUCAAUAACCUUGAUAAGUGGUACUGGGGCGGUUAGAGAUUUGAAGGGCUGUGUGUGAGGGACUAAGCAGCCAAGGCAUAGAGGACACAGGAAAAAAAUGUCUUCAAGAAGGGUUUUCUUUAUUUUAACCCUCAAAAAGUUAAAAAAAACAAAAGAGACAAAAUUCAAAAACAUAACUAGCAGGCCCAUAAAGGAGGUCAACUAAAUAUAACUCUACAAAAAGUAAUUUUCAAAAGCUUAAACAAACAAAGUGGACACAACUCACAAACUGACCUAAUUACAAAGGUCGUGAUUGUGAAUGAUUUAUAGUGGUUUGGCCAAACCAUUUACACACAAUAGGGGGGAAACAAAAACACACACUAAUAUUAACUAAGCACAGAAUAACCUAAGUAAACAUAAAACACUCCUGUUCCUGAUAAGCACAUGAUUGGUCAUUCUGAGCAGGCCUUUUGUUCUCAGAGUCCUCAGCCACAGCCACCGCCCAAACCCAGGUAACUCAAAGAAAGAGAAACAUAAUUAAUAUAACAGAAAACAUUUUUAGAAAAACCACACAAUGCUAUUAUGCGUGCGCCUCAUAAUAUCAGUGUUAGGUUUAACCAAAUGAUUAGUGAAUUAUAUUAAUGAAGAAAACUGCAAAACAAACUAAUAAAGUGAACAAAUGGACUGAUUUACCCAUGUGUGGCUGAUCCUAUCACACUCUGUGAUUCUUGUUAUGUUGUUGAAGGCAGUACUUUAAGACUUUUGUCCUUCGGUUAACACAAAGGUUCACUGCUGUUCUGUCGCGAGCAGCUGAAUGGUGUCUUUCUAUUGGUUCAGAGGCCCAGUGAGACAUCUAGCUUGCUCUUGUUUUGUCCUUUGAAUUUUAGUUAAGCCUUACUUUGCCUUUUGAGUUAUUAAUUUAUAAUUUUUUAUUUAUUUUUUAUGAUUUACAAAUGCACAUUUUUUUAAUUAUUUCUGACCAUGUUUUACUUAACAUAACCUCAUCUGCUGCUACUUUUUUAAUGAUUUUGUCCUAUUUUUUAGUGUGAUUGCAUGAUUGUAUAAAGGUUCCCGUGCAUCUGAUAACAUUCAUGAUGCAAGUUUUGUUUUUGUUUUUGUUUUUUAUUAUCACCUGCUCAUGAAGUGGCAAAAGCUGACAUUGGGGAAAGUGUUAGCUGGAGAAGAGGGGCUGACAUAAAAGUGAAAAUAUUUAUGUAAUAUUUAUUCAAAUGAGGCAUUAUAUGAUAAAAAACAAUCUCAUCUGUGCUAGUGAUGAAUUCACCUAUGCAUUGUUUACUAAACUCCAAUGUGAAAAUGGUUCAAUAGGGUCAUGUACAUAUUGUGUAUUUUUGGAAUUAUGUAGCUGUAAUUUUUUUUCCAUAUUUUUAUAAGUUUGCAUUUGCACUGCUAAUCAAACUGUUAGCUAUUUUCACAUACUUACACUAAGGCAGAUGGUCAAUAUGUAUUUGUAGAUUGGAUUUAGCGAUCUUUACCUUGGUAUCCGACAGAAGAUAUCACUGUUAUGUGAGAGGGAGGUUGCUAAUUAAUAUUGCUGUGAAUUGUUCAUUGUCCUUUGUAAUUUUGUCACGGUGUUUUGGAUACCAUGUGGAUGAUGAUGAUAGCACAGCACAGAGCCAUUGUACUGCAAUAUGAAACUCCCACACACACCUCCUCACAUUGCAUUUUAAUUUGGAAAGUCUGUCAUUUUUGACUGACUGCAUUACGCAGAAAGAGCACAAAAUGAGCACGUAGUAUAAGCAUUUGCUUAAGCUCUUUACUUAGGUGCUGUGCUCUCAUCACACAUUAUGACUUAAGAUAUAUAAAAAAAUGUCAACCAAGAUAAAAUGAAAUUGGCUUCAUGUGAAGAAAACAGUGAAAGAUGUGAUCUUCAUGGUUGCUGCAAGGUUACCCGUAUUUUUGUAUGAAUCAUCAUACCUCAGUGUUGUCUGGGAGCGAGUGUUUCCAUGUGAUUCCGAUUCUUUUAGCACUGCACCACACCCUUGAGACCACACUACAAAAAGACAGCUCGGUAUCUGCAUAUAUCGCAGAUAUUGCAUCACAUUCAGAUGUCGUCGGAAUGGCUAAUUCACUGAACAAUGCAUUGCAACAGCACUCAGCAGCUAUUAACAGAGAUUUAUGUUUUUUACAGAAAGUACUGUACAAAUUCUUGUCAACAUUUUAUGCAAGAUGAGCUUCUGUGUCAAAGUAUCGAAACGGUGAGGUUGUCAGAUUAACAUUUCUUCAAUUUCAAAGGGACCAUUGAUGUAAAAUAGGAUGAAACCAAUUAUUUUCUUAUGGAUUACGGUUCCAAAUGCCAUAGUGGACUCUGUAUAUAAACACUGUAGUGAAUUGAAGCAGGAAUUGGAUCAAACCAGCCCAAAACACAGAUCAUUCCUUUAUGUCUAGCAGACAGCGGGAACUCCAGCAGCAUUGUAUAUAUUUUUCAUGGUAAAUCUCUUUAUAUCAUGCAGUUGUUGUCUGGAAGUGACUGUGACUGCGCUGUACAUUUGUAAGUAAUGCCCGGUGCUUUGAGUGGCUGUGAAUUAAGUUAAAGGGAGAGACACUUGAAAAAGAAUUAAGAGCAUCUGAAAUGAUGCUUUUAACGGUUUUGAGGUGGACAUUUUCAUCAAGGGAGGCACUUUUACAUUUGAGGAGUGACUUUUUUUUUUUCUUUCUUUGUAUUUGGUGGCAAUCCUGUUGGCAUGACCUAAAUGAAAAAGUUGUGCCAAAAUGCAGCAGAAAUACAGCACUUUUAUUCAUGUCAAGUAGUGUGACUCACUGUGCCAGUGGUCGUCUUAGAUGAAGCUAUUGUGAGUUUAUAAACUGUCCUCCAAGACCUUGGCACAUCCCACAGGAUAACUAUGAAACUGCCAGUCAUGGUUUCAUAUUGUACAGUCCAAUCUCAUGUAUGAAAACAAAGCUUUCUUGUCCAAUGUGGUUGGUGACUUUAAGAAAAAAAGGUUUUGUUUUCUUCAUUUUAUCUUUUUGGGCAGCAUCAGUCUUCUUCAUUUUAUCUUUUUUUUUUUUUUUUGCACAAAAACAAAGAGAAGGAGCUGCGGCUUCUCUGUUGUCCAGUUUGAAUCUGUGAGAGGUUCACUGAUGCACCCAGAAGUGAUUCUCUGGAUGCUGUAUGACUGGGUAUCCCUAAAAAAUGUCAUUUGAUGCCAGUUCACUGAAAUAAUCUGUUAGUCAAUCAAUACUUUUUUUUUUUUGCCAAAUCACUGUAUUUUGCCAAAUGUUGUGUUUUACUGUAUAUGUCUGAUAGUGUCAAAAUGAAAAUAAAGAUAUGGACAAAUGAGCAAACCUUUGUAAAGUGUAGUGAAGUAUUUUUUUGUUUUGUUUGUUUUUUAAAGAGAUGCCUGAUGUGUAUUACAUGACAUAGGCUGGAUUAUGCUAAAACUGUCUGAAAAAACCCCCCCAUAAAUAAACACAUUACUCAUACAAUUCAUAAAAAGUAUCACAAACAGUAGUUGUCUUGACACUAAUUCUUACAGUUCAGAAAUCAUAAAAAGAUCAGAAAACUCAUGUAUAAUUAAUUCAGUGGGGAAAAGUUAAAGUGUGAUUGUAAUUAUUUUGAGUUUGAAUCAACCAUCAGCUAUAUUAUUGUAUUGUAUUGUAUUAUUGUAUUAUUGUAUGAUGCUUGCUUUUAAACAUACCGGGACCUGGAUGACUGAGAACCUUCACAGACACACAAAGUGAUGCUUGCACUCUAGAAACAAUAGUCAGCAAUAACCAUAACGCAUGAGACGAUUGUUUAACUUCACUGUCACGUGUUUCUAUACAAAAAGUAUACUCAAAAUUUAAACUUGAAUUGAGGGGGGUCUGUUCUAAAAGUUUAAUGAGAUUUCAGUUCAUAUAGUGUCUGAAAAUGAUCAGUUAGCUGUUUUACAACAUUCUUUCAGGAAUUUUAGAGAAAAAGGGAAGUUUAAAGAGCAGUCUAUGCAGGUGGGUUAAGUGAUGGCUUUUUAAGUAAUGGUUUAAUUACUGGCACCUUAAUGUAUGUAGCCUAUUAUUAGAGAUAGAUGACAUUUAGGAUUAAAGCAUUUGUAGUUAUUCAAGUUAACUCAGAAGAAUUAAUCAGAGCGCAAGAGUCCAAAAAAUAUUAAUAGUGUUUAAAGCAGCUGUAUGUAAUGAUGAGUCUGUGAGAUAGUUACUAGUAAUUUUUCUCUAAUUGUUGAAUUUUUAUUUGUGAAUAAAUUCAUAGAGCUCUGACUUUUUGUCAGUGCUGAAAAGAACUAGGGCUUUUUUUUAAUAGAGCAAAAAGCUCUUUUCCAGGCUGGAGGUCUUCUAAACUACUGAGAUGCCAAUUUGUCUUCAGCUUAUCUACUUUAAGGUGGACCUUUGAGAGUUAAACCAGAGAGUACAGUGACUUUCGAGAGUUUAGGUAGCUGCUCUGCACUGUGUUGGCACAUGGCAGUUAAGAAGAUAUCCCUCAACUUAGUCACAGCACUUUCAGAACGACAUCUACUGUAAUGAAAUUUAUUCCUCACCUUAGUGCAAUCUAUUAUUGUAAAAUUUAAAUGUUAAUAAAAAUGAUCAGAUAAAGCCAAUUCAUCUAAUAACAGAUUAAAUGCAGAGUUGAGGCUUUCAUUUUCAGCAUCUAAACAGAUGUUAAAAUCACACACUAUAAUUAUUUUAUCAGAACUAAGCACUAAAUCAAAUAAAACCUCUAAAGUCUAAAAAUAAAUCCGAGGUGAGGUGAGGCAUUAUAGUAGAGGGAACCAGAGCUUUGCACUUGCAACUAAAGGCAAUCCUCUCAUGCCAAUUACACGCUGGCUUUCCAAAUAUAUUAACAGUCCUAGCAGCAUCAGUCACAGUCAACAUGCUUGCUUUAGACAUUCGAUGCAGUUGUCUGCUACUAAUAUUAGUGUAUCACCUUAGUGGGAUACAUUUUAAUACUUAUAUGCUUUAAAAGGUAUACCCCAAAUACAACAACAGAUAUUUGCUCCACAAAAAGUGCCCAAUCUUUCAGUCACUAAAUUAAUACUACAGUAGUUAUGCAUAUAUAAAGGUGUUUAUAUGUAUGUACUGUAUGUAUUAUAUAAAUAUCUUUAUAGGUGCAAAAACAGCACAUUCUGACAGUUUAGACAGAGUUAACACAUUGCAUUUUAAAAUGCAACAACUGGCUGAGGCCCUUCCCGGUUUUCCUAAGAUUGACAAUAAAUAAAUUAAUAAAUAAACACAUUACUCAUACAAUUCAUAAAAAGUAUCACUAACAGUAGUUGUCUUGACACUAAUUCUUACAGUUCAGAAAUCAUAAAAAGAUCAGAAAAAUCAUGUAUAAUUAAUUCAGUGGGGAAAAGUUAAAGUGUGAUUGCAAUUAUUUUGAGUUUGAAUCAACCAUCAGCUAUAUUAUUGAAGAAUUACAUUUGAAUGAAAUGAGUGAAUGAAAAGAAUGGACUAGUUUUGGAUUUGCAGUGAAAACAGGGUGGAAGGUCACUACAUAAGUCAUAAGUCAGGUUUCCACUAUUGACAAUAUUUCAGCAUGAAAUGCUAUCAAAACUUUGAAAGCUAGAGAAAUCAAACCUUGUGUGAAGAAAGCGCGAUCUCUUAGAGCAGGAGUCCCCAAUCUCAG